AUGGACAAGUUCAUUGCUUCUUUUCCUGCUCCCCUCCAACUAGGAGACUCGAUCAAGGACUGGAAGUAUACAGACGUAACCCAAGUGUUGGGCCGCCAGUAUACAGACAUUGAUCUGGGAGCAGUAUUGAGUUCGGAGAAUGCAGACCAACAGCUACGAGACUUGGCUAUUACUAUUUCCCAACGUGGGCUGGUAAUCUUCAAAAAUCAAUCUCUGUCUCCUGAGCAGCAGAAAUUAUUGACUCAAAAACUGGGAGAGCUUACCAACAAGCCAAAAGAAUCCAGUUUACACAUCCACCCAAUCAAUCACACCUAUCAUGAAGAAGGUGGCGAGCCCGAUUUGCAAAUUUCUACUAUUGCCAGGAAUCCAGACAAGAUGCUAUCGAAGCAAAACGGUGUAACAGUUGGCAAGAAAGCAUUGAAGAAGCAAAGCGCUGCUGAUGGCUGGCAUUCUGAUAUUGCGUUCGAGCGAGUAUGUUCGGACUACACAUCUUUGAUCAACCGUGUAUGCCCUUCUACUGGCGGAGAUACCAUCUUUGCCAGUGCAUACGAGGUAUAUGAUAGGAUCAGCCCACCCAUGCGACAAUUCCUUGAAACUCUGACAGGAACCUUCUCUCCGGUCGGUUACGAGCCGAAUCCAGAGCAUGCCCAUCUGUACAGUUUCGCACGCGGAAACAGUCUGAACAUUGAUCAAAGUUUGACUGCUGAACAUCCCAUUGUUCGAACAAACCCAGUCACUGGGUGGAAAUCCAUCUUCGGCGUUGGGCAUCACUUGCAGGAAGUGAAUGGGCUUGCCCCCGCAGAACAGGAAUGGAUCAAGGCCUUCUUGUUAAAGCUCAUAACCGACAACCAUGAUCUUCAAGCCCGAGUUAAAUGGGAUGUCAACGAUGUCGCACUUUGGGAUAAUAGAGCUGUUUAUCACACAGCUACCUACGAUUAUAGUGAACCGCGCGUUUGCCACCGGGUAGUCGCUGUUGGUGAAGCGCCUGCAUUAGACCCUAAGUCUGUGUCUAGAAGUGACGCUCUAGCACUUUGA